AUGUUUAGGAAACGACAUAACCGAGAAUUUCAACUAAGCAGCGCCAUCAAUGUUGGUACCCUACCCACUCGGUUCCAAUUCCUCUUUCUAGUAGGAUACUUCGCAACCAACAUUGCCUUUUGUGUCAUUCACAUUCCCUUCGCCGAGAGUUUUGCGGAUGCGUGUAAGCAACUGAGGAACCGAAGUGGAACGCUGGCAGUAGCCAACAUGAUUCCCUUGUUUCUCAUGGCCGGCAGGAACAACCCGCUUAUCCCCCUACUCGGGAUGUCGUUUGACACUUUCAACCUACUGCAUCGUUGGUUUGGCCGUAUCGUAGCAUUGGAAGCAGUAUGCCAUACGUUCUCUUUCUGGGCUGCGUCAGCCGCAACUGGUGGAUGGUCAAAGGCACUGAAUACUACCGUUACAGUUCCGUUCCUGCUAUACGGUUUCCUUGCCACCAUUGCCUUUGUGGCGAUAUUUUUCCAAGCUUCGAGCAUUGCUAGACACGCGUACUACGAAUCCUUUAAGCUUCUGCACAUCGGUUUAGCUGCGCUUGCGGUUGCAGGCCUUUGGUACCACCUUGACUUGAAGCAUCUCUCCGCGAUCAAGUGGUUGAUCCCGGUUAUUCCCUUAUGGGCUGGCGACAGGCUAAUCCGUGUUAUGCGCCUUGCUUAUAACAACUUUGGUCGGGGAGGAACUAAAACGCUCGUUGAGGCGCUCCCUGGCAAUGCCGUCCGUCUGACGGUGACAAUGGCCCGACCUUGGACUUUCAAGCCAGGCCAACAUGCGUACUUAUACAUGCCAUCUAUCAGCUUUUGGCAGUCCCAUCCGUUCUCUUUAGCUUGGAGCGAGGAGGCUGAAGAGUUGAGCUCGGAUAAGUUGGCUAUGAACCGACAAGACGUGCUCGCCAUGCGCAAGACCACCAUGUCUUUCAUCAUUCGAGGACGAUCAGGAAUGACACACACAUUAUACCAAAGGGCUGCAGCGCAACCCGAUGGCCGGCUUAUGACAACAUGUCUCGUCGAAGGACCGUAUGGUGGCGAGCAUAUGAUGCACUCCUACGGCACUGUGAUGCUUUUUGCUGGCGGUGUAGGUAUUACUCACGCAGUCCCUCACGUCCGAGACCUUGUUACGGGUUUCGCAAAUGGCACGGUAGCCACGCGAAAAGUGGUAUUAGUAUGGAUUAUCCAGAGCCCUGAGCAUCUCGAAUGGAUUCGGCCGUGGAUGACAGAAAUUCUAGCUAUGGAUAGACGGCGUGACGUGCUACGGAUUAUGCUAUUCGUCAGUAGGCCACGCUCGACAAAGGAAAUACAUAGCCCUUCGUCAACAGUCCAAAUGUUCCCUGGCAGGCCCAACAUCGAGACUCUGAUCAGCAUGGAGGCAGAGCAGCAAGUUGGAACAAUGGGCGUGACGGUUUGCGGACCUGGUGCCCUCAGCGAUGAGGUUAGACAAGCGAUUCGUCGCAAGCAAUACAACUCGUCGAUCGACUUUAUCGAGGAGGCCUUCUCGUGGUAG